AUGAAGUUGUUUGUUGCCCUCGUCGCUGCGUCCGCUGCCGCCUCCAAGCAGUCCGUGAGCACCCUCUCGGCGGACGUGCGGUCCGUGCUCCGCGCUGAGCUCGCCGCGUGGCGCAAAGAGUUUGAACCUGCCGCCGCGUCGCUGGGCGUGUUGCCCCAAGCUAUGAUGAGCAUGUCCCCCCAUGACGCGCUCCAGCGGUUCUACGACAACAAGCUCGCGAUCGAAGAGGCUAGCCGCAACAACCUCGAUGCCACGUUCGACUACAACAACCCGUUCGCUCUCAUGACGCAAGCUGACGCGUUCCACUCGGUCCCCGAGGCCGAUAUGAACGUAAGAAGCGUCAUGGAGGCGUCGGUGGACUGGACUACCGGCAAGUGCGUCGACCCCGUGCGCGUCCAAGGCUUGUGCAACACGGGCUGGGCCUUCGUGGCAGUAGGUGCCGCCGAGAUGGCGCACUGUCUCGUGACGGGAAAGCGCCUCGACCUGUCCGAACAGCAAGUGACGAGCUGCUCCACCGAGUAUGAAGGAUGGGCUCUGCUUGGAGAGCGACUACCCAGUUACUCGUGCACCAAGAAGCAGCUCAGCAUCAGCGCGACGGUCCGCACGUCGAGCGAGGCGGCGCUGGACACGGCGCUCAACACGCAGCCUGUGUCGGUGCCAGUUGAAGCGGGCAACUCCGUGUGGCGAAACUACCGCAAGGGUGUGAUCAAGCAAUGCCCUGGGUCGUACUCGGACCAUGCCGUCGUCGCCGUGGGCUAUGACGAGGAGUCCUACAAAGUACGUAACUCGUGUGGCGCCAACUGGGGAGAUGGCGGCUACGUCCGGCUCUAG